UAUACAAGACUAUAACUCCAAUUUAUGAAAAAUUAACCAGUGAUCACCUACUCACUCGUUGCAUAGGCGGCUUGACUCAAAAUAGUAAUGAGAGUUUUAACGCUACAGUAUGGUCGAUGGCCCCGAAAGUGACAUCCGGUGGCAAAAAUGUACUUGACACAUCUGUAUAUAUUGCUGCAGGUACUUAUAAUGAUGGCCUUACAAGUGCCAUGAGAGUCAUGCAGAACAUAGGCAUCAAAAUUCGGCCGAACUGCUACAAUUACUGUCAAGAGACUGAUCAAAACCGCAUCAAAUUAUCCGAUCGUUCGCUCUCAGAUGCUGCAAGAAGGUCUCGAAUCGAACAGAAGGCAUCCAGAAAGGAAGAAGAUGAGUUACACGUUUCCAUGGAAAGUGAAAUGUACGGCGCAGGCAUCGCAGACUGA